AUGGGAUCGUCGCGGCCGCAGCAAUUUCGAGUGGUCUCAUAUGACCCGCCCUCUCCUGCAGUUCCGAGGAAGCGGCAGCGCGAGGUUGCCAUCAGCGGCCUCGCGCAGCGACACUCCAAUAACCACGCGACGAUGGGCGAUGGCGGGCCCGCCGUCGCAUCCACUUUCGUGCACUACGAGAUGCCGCGAAGGUCCCCGAUCAUGCUGCCCGAGGUCCCAGGCCUGCGGACAACAAACCGCGAAGGAUCGCCGCACCCCGCUUCUGCGUGCGGUGCUGUCUCUCGCCCUGGUGCUCCUCGUGUCGUGGCGGGCGCUGCUGCACUCGCCACUGUUGCCGGUUCACUCCAGCAGUCGAUCGCGCAACUGGAGCUCGAGUCGCAUGACGCGCGUGUCAAGAAGGCCAAGUUGGAUCAAGACGACAAGCAGACCGGUUCGAGUUACGAUCACCACGUGCAAAACUACAUCAAAUACUGGACAGCCUUCCAGACUGAGCGCCGCCAGAAGGCACCCGAUGAAGUGCCUGUCCCGGCAUUUCCUAUUACCGCUCUCAAAGCCUCCUUCUUCUUGGAGUAUGAGAUGUCGUGCGAAAAGCGUCGAUAUGGCAAGAACGACACCGUUGCAGGAUCGAACGUGGGCAAGUCGCACGUCUCGCAGGUGAUCAGCGCGCUUGAGAGCUGGCGCCGCAACAAUGCCUAUCUGUACAAGGAGGACCCCGAUGCACAGGUAUCAUUGCGCUCAGACAUCCACGUCCACACUGCGGAGUCUUCCACGAAGCAUCAGGAGCCGAAGCGCAUCGACAAGGCACAGGCUCUCAAAGCCAUGGGAAGUUCUGGAGACACGUACACACCAGAGGAGCUCAAACGCUGCUCGAUCUGGUGCUUGACCGACGUUUCUGGCAGCAAGCAAAUUUGGCUCGGCUUGCGCGAUUGCGCAAUGCUCCUCCUGUCAUCGAUGAUGGCAUUCCGUGGGGAGAGCUCGCGCAUCCUCGAGUGGUCAGACCUGUUCAUGUCGUCGAUCCCCAUGGAUGAUGUUCGUGCCGGGUACAGAGUUCCGGUGCUUGCCACACUGGCGGAUAAUGCCAAGCACAACCAACAGGGCCGUCUGGAUGAGCACGGUGCCAUCCGUCACCGGGAGGUCGAACUCUGCCCUGUCGGAGGGCUGGCCUUGCUUUUUUUUGGCUUUUUCCAUGUCCUCCAUCUGCCGCUGCCUGAGUUGCUUCCGGAUUUCGACGACGCAGCCUGCGGUGAGUACGGGCGCCGUGACUGGUAUGGCUACCACGUGUUCUGGGGCAAACAACCCGCAUCCCCUAUGUCAUACGACAACCACCGCGACAGGCUGAGAGGCAUUCACAAGGAGAACGAGAUAUCAAUCACCAAGGUCACCCACGCCGGCUGA